AUGGGAAGAUUAAAGCUAACAACCGCGGAACCUUACUACACCCCAGGUUAUAGUGGCUACUGUCCGCAAUUUAAAUAUGAAAUCGGCAGGACAUAUGGAGCUUCAACACAUGAAAUUUUAACCAGCCCAAAGAUCAACCGAUCCCAGCAAGGUGUUUUGACAAAUACUCUACCAAAUGAAGAAGUAACAAAAACAGCAACCGGCUGGACCACAUCUCAAGAAAUUAAGGCUAUGAAGAUAGUGAACUCUAGACAACAAAGCUUCGGCAAUCAAAAAUAUGUUCAUCAUAUGAUACCAGGAUAUUCAGGAUUUGUGCCCAGGUCACAAAAACAGUUUGGUGCACGAUAUGCUACUGCUUGCGAUAGUGCGAUCGCAGAUUUCGAUAUAGAACAAACGCAGUCACUGAGAAGCAACUAUACAUUAGGCCAAGUUAAUCAAAAACGUCAUCCUAAGCUGCGUCUAACUGCAGUGAAAGAGAAAGAAUUACAAAAUUCCAUCGAAGCAAUCUCGAUUAAGCUAACUAGCAAGUCUAUCGCUAAAACCGUUCCAAUUAGUUACAUGGAUGAUGAUGAUCCCAACAAAUUCCAUAAAUCAGGCUAUACUGGUUAUGUGCCUCGUCAGAAGGAAAUAAUUGGUCUAUCAUAUCCGAUUUCAUCUCAUGUGGCAACCAAGCAAUUCCAUACCGAAUCUCGAGUGCGCAGCGCAGAGGCUCAUAAACCAAUCACAGUAACAAGGCAAAUUAAAAGCGCUAGAGAUGGGAGAGUUAUCUUUCCAAAAACUUCUGGCAUUAUGCCACACUAUACUGGUCAUGUUCCAGGAAUGAAGUAUCGAAUUGGAGGAACUUUUGGCAAUAAUUCAGUUGAUACAUUACUAUUAUCAGAUUUAAAGAGAAACUAUGGAUGUUUAUCCAUCCAUAUUGUUAAUACAUCGAAUAUUGCUAUAAUUGCUAGCACUUCAACCAAUUUUCAUUAA